AAUAAUUUACACUCUUUUUUCUUAAUCAAACAAAAUAUUCCUUAAAAAAUAAUUUAAGUCUAUCUCAUUAAAUAAGAUAGUUAGUUCAUUUAAAAUAUUUCAGAGCUUUAAUAAUAUUUUAUAGUUAUGAUUGACACAAAUUCUUUAAUAGAAAAAAUAGUAGUAAUUGGAAUAGAUCCUUUUAAAGAAUCUCUCACCUAUGCAAAUAUAAUUGAAGACUAAGUGCACCCUACAUUUUUGGAUAUAUACCCUUUUGAAUAAUAAGAAACACCUAGCUACCUUGAUAAUUUCAAAUUAUGGUGCUUUCCUGACGGGAUUUCGAUUUAUAAUGAAAAUCUUUAAAAGAUAAAUGGAAUGUCAAAGAGCUUUUAGGCUUAUCAACAAAAUUCUCUUGCAGAUAAUUAAGAAGCGAAUACAGGAAAUAUUAUGGGUAAAAAUUAACUUCAUCACUUUGUACUUACAAACCAAAAUACAGAAAAAAAGUAUUGUUCUUGCCUUAUGAUUCACGAAGAAGUUUAUAUAAAUCAAGAUGAAAAAUAAAAAGGACUUUCUUAAACAAUUUAGCUACAAAGUAGUAUGCAAAAUGGCCACCUCAUGAAGAUAUACGUUCCUAAAGCAAUAUGUCUCAUAUCUAGUUACCCAGUCCUAGAAUUUUAAAAAUAAUUUUUAGCAUUUAUUUACAAAUUCACAAUUACAAGUAAGCUGACUAAGUAGCCUCCAAGAUUAUAAAUAUAUUAGCAUCUUUUUGAGAGAUUUACUGGACUUCUCAAAGAAGAAGGUUCAUUUUUUAAAGCAGAGAAAAAAUGGGAUGAAUAGGUGUUUUCUUAGACUUUGGAUCAUAUUUAGCAAUAGCCAUAAAAUAGUGAAAUUGCAAAGCAAUUUAAGUUAAAAGAAGAAUAUUUGAUAAAUUUUUCUGUGUCUAUGCUUUUUAGAGUCCACACAUUACAAAAUUUAUUCUCCAAAAACACUGAAAUAAUCUUUAAUAUAUCAAAUGAAGAGAUUUGCAGGUUAAGACCUUUUACUUAACAACAAAAUAAUUUUUUUUCACUUAGUAAUUUUUCUUUCAGACCUUUAUUUGAAAAGAUUUCUAUUAAGACUACAAUAUCUUUAUUGUAAUCUAUACUUUUAGAGAGAUAAAUUAUAUUAGUUUCCUCUAAUCCAAAUGAGAUAAUAAGCAUUUGCGAGUCGCUAUUUACUCUGAUUUACCCUCUUAAAUGGGCUUGCAUAUAUAUUCCUCUUUUACCUUUGUAGUUGAGCGAAAUGAUUUCUGCUAUGAUGCCUUACAUAAUAGGUAUAAGCAAAAAAAACUUUGAUAUCAUCAAAAACAAGACUGAUUUGAAAGAUAAAGUUGUAGUUAACCUUGAUGAUGAUACAGUAACUUAAGUAGAGCUAUUCCAUCUUCCUGAAUACUUAUCAAUGUAUUUAACAACCAACUUUAAGGAACUUGCUAAAAAAUUCUUUGCGACAAAAAAUGAAGAUUAGAAAAAGAAAAAUGUGUGGUUUGAAAUUAUAUUUUAGCUGAAAAAGAUAUUUUUGAACUUUAUGACAUGCUUAAUAAACAAUAUAACUCCAUUCUUCCUAUAUUCUAGUAGUUUUGAUAAGGAUAAUGUAGCUGCGAGAGACAUUUUUGCAAAGACUGAGUAUGUCUAAAUUUUUGAACAAAAUGAGAAAUCUUUUAUGACAGAAAUUUGUUAAAAUACAAUGAUGUAUUCAAAAUUCCUUGAAGAUUCCUACAGAAUUUUAUACAUUACAGAAUUUAAAAAAGAAGAAAUUGAUAUAAGUAAAGACGAUAAGGAAGAUCUCCUUUUUUUCCUUAAGAACAUCAAAAAAAUCUAAAAAAGUCUACCUAAAGGAAAUAGUGAAAAAAAAUUUGAUAUUAUUCUAAAUCCUCUAAUUUUUUCUUCACUUGACUACGAGAUUACUUCUUUAAUAGAUGAAGCUAUCAUAAAUUACUAAAAUCCUACAAUUAUAGAUCUUACUCCUCAUUUGAUUAAAUAUUUAAAAUUUAUUGAAAACAAAAAUCCUGAGCAAGGCCCAACUUAUUAGUAGGGAUCUGCAAAACAAAUAACAUAAAAUAAAAUAGUGUUUAAGAAACUCGAAAAGGAGUGGUUGAUGCCUAUUCCAAAACCUUCUGAUAAUAUAUUUGAAAAAGCAAAAGAAAAUAUUUAAGAGGUUCCAAAAAGCUUGUAAAACAAUAUAAAUAGCAACAAUUAAAGUAGUAAUACCAACCAUAAAUAUUAAAAAAAAUAAAACUUAGAUGAUUCUAUUUAAAGUUAAUCAACUGAUAGAAUUUAACAGAGUUUGCAUGGAUCUGUUCAAUAAAAUGGUAUUAAAAGUAGUUAACAUCUAGGAAGUAAUUAAAAUUUUGCAACUGUUCCAAAGGAAAAUUAUAAGGAUCCUUAUUUAGUCGGUGAGUAUUAUUAAGAGCCCUCAGUCAGUUAAACUCCAUUCAAAUUCUCUAAAGCAGUUUUUAUGGAGUAUGACAACUGGCACAACAGAUAAUUUCAAUAAGAAUUUGAUAGAAUAAAUUUGAAUUACCCAGGUAAUAAACAAUACAUAGAAAAAUUUGAUAUUUUUAAAGUACCUGAAACUCGUCCCUACGUUAAGAACAUAGAAGAAAUGAUUUACAUGCAAGAUAUUUUACAAAGAUUAAUUUAUGAAUCUAAAAACCAAAGCCAAUAAUAAUAAAUUAAAUAAAAUUAUUCUUAGACAAAUUAUUAAGAAAAUACAAGAGGAAAUUAUUAACAGUAAAAUAUGCAAUACAUCUAAGAAAAUCAUUACUUUUCAGGUUAGUUAAAAUAGAAUCAACAUAUUCCAGCUAACCCUAGGUUUAAUAAAAACUAAUAAAAUCAAACAACUCCAUUAAAUAGAUAUUUAUAAAAUUAUACUUCUCAAUAAAAUCACUCUCAAUUACCACCUCUUCCUCCUGUAUCUUUAGAUGAUAACAAUAUGUAGAAUUUUAAUACAAAUACAGAAGAUUAGUAAUGUUCAAACAGACAAUCUAAAUCACUAGCAUAAUUAAGAAUGAAGAAUAUAAUGAGUAUCCCUCAACCUUAAAAUUACUCUACCAAUAGAUUAGUACCUAAUACACAUAAUAGUUAAUAUCAAUAGUAAAAUAUUACAAGAUUUAAUUCAACUAAUAAUAAUAACAAUAGUAGUGGUAAUUUCUAUGUUGAAAAUAACCCAAUAGUCAAUAACAAUUAAACUCCAAAUUAAAAUUAAAUUAUUACUGCUCCAUCAUAAAGGUCUAGAAACAAUUCGAUAGAAGGUUAAACACAAUAAUUUAACUCGAACAUUAUGAACACGUAGCCAUUACAACAAAUUAAUAAAUUUUUACAUCCAUAACUUGAUUAAAAGUAGUAAAUACCUUCACAUUUUGAAUAGUUAUAAUUAAAAAAAGCAUCAACUACAACGAAUGCAAGAAACCAAAAGAGAUUAAGUAUAUUUUAAGAGAAAACUGUAACUAAUAAUAAUAGAAAUAGCUUACUCCCACCAGCGCCUUAAAAACAAAAUUACUAAACUGUUUAAUCAAGGGAAAAUUUAAAUGAAUUUGAGCAAAAAGAAAAUCAAAACCCACUAACUUUAAAUUUACAAUAAAAUGAUGAUGAGAAAUUUAAUUAAAAUAUUGAAAAUGUCAAAAAUAAUAAUAAUAUUUCAAAUAUGGUUUCUAGAGAAAGAGCUCAUCCCCAUCAUAGCAAAAAUCCAUCAUGGGGUGGAAGUAAUGAUUAUAAUGAUAAAAAUAUUUAACUUUAAAAUAAAAAUCAAGGCCAAAGAUAAUAUUCCUCAAAGUAACCAGUAAGAAAUAUAUUUAAUUGA